UAAGAAACUCACAAACUUAUUAGUAUCAUCACUCAGAUUUCCCAAGCUUCUCCAAUCCCCAUAAACUCCACCUUGCUUCUUAAUCUCCAACAAUCAACAAGAGCAAUGGCGGUGAAGCCCUCAAAGCCAAAACGUGGACGCUUCGUGCUCUCUUGUUUCAUAUUAAUCUUCUUCCUCUGCGUCUUAGCUUCCAUUAACGAAGUCCGCUUCGACGGCUUCUUACAAUUCGGCCGCUGCACUCUCCUAAACAACUCCCGUUCCGCCACCACCACCACCUCACAAGACACCCGAAUCCUCAUCGGCAUCCUCACCCUCCCGGACCAGUACCUCCGCCGCCACUUCCUCCGCCUAGUCUACGGAACACAGAAUCCAGAAGGCGCCAAAGUGGACGUGAAGUUCGUGUUCUGCAACCUCACCAAGGAGGAUCAGAAAGUCAUCAUUUCAUUGGAGAUCAUGCAGUACAACGACAUCAUCAUCCUCAACUGCACAGAGAACAUGAACAAGGGUAAAACCUCAGCAUUCUUCACCAGCCUCCCCGAGAUUUUCAAUGAAACAAAGAACUCGCCUUACCCUCCUUACCACUAUGUGAUGAAAGCAGAUGAUGACACCUAUGUUAGGCUCAACAGUUUAGUUCAAUCCUUGAAAACGUUGCCUAAGGAGGAUUUAUAUUAUGGAUUCGUGAUACCCUGUGGAAGCAUGGACCCUUUCAAGCAUUACAUGUCUGGGAUGGGGUUUUUGGUGUCUUGGGAUAUUGUGGAAUGGAUCAGUGGCUCUGAUAUUCCUAAGAAACAUGUAGAGGGACCAGAGGAUAAGGUUUUUGGAGAUUGGAUGAGAUGGGCUAAAAGAGGAAUGAACAGGUAUAAUGCUAAGUGGUCUAUGUAUAAUUAUCCUGAUCCACCUUCAGUUUGUAGCCAUGAGCUUUGGCCUGAUACAAUUGCUGUUCAUUUGUUGAAGAAUCAAGAAAAGUGGGUUAAGACUCUUAGUUUUUUCAACCACACUGCUCCUUUGAAGGAAUCUAAGAUGUACCAUAUACAUUAAUUAGCCAUUGUUAGGUGAUCCUGAUCUUUGCUUUAAUUCUCACCAUUUUGUUUAAUUUUUUUGUAUGUGAUAAAAAAUAAUAAGCUCUCAGAGAUUUCAUUUUUGGGUCUUCUGCGAUUAAGGAACCAAUUUGUAGUUCCUAUGUGCAUUUGAAAUGUAGUUGAUUACCUAUAGUUUUUAUAGAGAAAGAGGGAUUAUGGUGAA